AUGCCUGUCACCAAUACUUCAUUUGCAUUGCCAUCGCAUGUUCUCGAGGACACGGACUGGAAGCUACAGCGCAAGCUAAAGCAUCACCACCGUGACGCUGGCCGACGAAUGACCGAAAAUCGGGCUGAGCCACGUUUUAAGCAUCACGGUCAUCACCAGCGACGCGCAAACUCCAAACGUCAUGAGGUAGAUGUAUGGUUACCUCAGCCUGCCAAAAACACACACAGUAGCUAUUCCGAUCAACUGCCGCACCAGGUGACUGCAUCGACCAAUCGUGCAUCGCAACUUAGUCGAUCGGGACCGUCUGCAACGUCAUGGCCACCAUCAUGGACUUCUGUAGCAGAAACCAUGGACUUGCAAACGUUCGCAUCUUCAGCACCGUCAAUUGCGUACAUCGGAAUGCAAGACGAAAACAGACGUGAGAUACGACCCAUGACUCUCUUCGAAAGCGCGCGUAUCUUUAACGAAUCGGGUGAAUUACUCAGCCACGACAACUUUGAUGAGCUAGAAUUAGCCUCGAAAUCGAUUGCUGAUAGCACCCCAAAGCGCAAGAUGAAGCGCCGCGUAGGGCGUCGCAAACACGAGACUAAGCGCAUGGUAGACGUUCUCAGUAUCGACGAAGUAGUGCUUGAGCUUAUGUGUCUGCUCUUUCCCGACAUUGAAGUCACGCAAGAACUAAAUCUUCUUUUUCUCGGUGGUGCUCAGCAUGAAGAUGUUUUUCAUUUUGAUGAAGACGAAGAUAUUGGCACUCCAGCUUUCAAACCAAAAUCUAGCGUCCUAGACGUUGAUUUAUUACAAUUUCAGGCCGCGCUUACGAAAAUGCUAUUUAAUUCCUUCACCUUGAUACAGCAGAUGCUAGCACGUGGAUCUACUGCAGAGACUCUUCAGAGGAUGUUAAUUACGCCACAAUGGAUUGCACGAGAGAUGCUGGUUAUGGUAAAACUGGAUCUUCGAGCUCAAUACGAUCGAUUUGCAGUCAUCAGUGCGAUCUUCCGCAUGAUUUCAGCUCUACGUCCUUGUAUUUUGGCUGCUGCAACGGCAACUUCACUGGCGAUUUACGAGCACCAAAGUCUAAUAAAUCUAGAUCCGGGCAGUGACGGCAAGGAACUUAUUACCGUAAAAGGUAUGCUUGCAUUUUUAAAUGCAGCAAUGGAUAUCAUCGAACGGGAUGCGCGAUACAAUGUCGAUGUGUUCGGCAGCACUGAUAUCGAAGUUCGUGAUGCUAUUAGUGAUAUGUGUAGUCAGAUAACUCGUGCAAUCCGCUUACUUGUUCGUAGCUCACCGGGAGGGAAUGGAAUCUCUGAUGCAAAUCGCAACCAGCUUGAAAAGUAUGCGGAAUGUAGCGAAUCUGCUGAGGCCACGACUUACCGCGCAAUGGGAGAGCUACUAAAUCGAAUGACGUUCUUUUUUCCCAAGCACGGAGAGAAUUUUCUGCGCUGGAUGAUGCUCAAAUGGCCACAGCGCAAUGUGCAGUUGCAAUUAUUCUUUGUGCGAUUUACAAUUGGUUUACUGACACAGUUUAUGGUGCUUGGCCUCAUGUUGCCUGCUGACGUCAUACGCUCUACUUUCACGCGUAUGGAAGCUUGUAUUCAAUCGAUGCAUUUUCUUGUGGCUCAAGAGGCGUGCCUCAUGUGUGGAAACUUCCAGCUCAUGAGUAUGUAUUUGUCGCGUGACCGAAUCCUUCGCGAAAAGAUCGCGUCUGCGCUGCAUACGAAUGUUACUUCUCACUGGAACAAGCGUAUCCGAGAAAUUUCUGAUGAGUACUUCGACAUGCUGCUCGAUCUAGCAUGA